AUGAUUAAAGAGCUUCCCAUAAGAGGUGAGUUUCGAGCUGUAAGGUCUGGCCCUAAAACUGGAGCGGGAUGGAUUCGCACUGUCCUACCUCUAGGCCUUCAACUAGGCGCCCAAAUAGGCCAGCAGCAAUCAAGCGAGCGAGUAGGGAACAGCUAUUUAUAUAAUACCGGUAAAAACCCGAGAGUUGUAGAGGAUGUAAGAGGUCUGUCCGAGAUAGCCGGAUGCAUGGUCUAUGUCUCCGAUAUGCCGAGCCAACCGGCUUCAUCGCACUUGUCCCGGCGCGUAGUGACGUAUUCUGGCGUAGCAUCACCACGGACAAAUUCCAUGUGUUUCCAUUUGGAACGUCCGUCCGUGCUAAGAAGCAGAAAGACACCUGCCAAUGUAUUCAAGACACUGAGUUACGCUGUACGGCCGAGCCACCCUUCCUCACUUAUUCAGAGCGCUAUCUCUGCUGAGGUCAAAGGUGGAUCUAGUCCGAUCCUUCGCAUGGUCUCAUCCACCCAACCCACUUAUAUGUAA